UCCGGCUCGCUUUAAGAGCGCGUCUCUAGGCUGGAGCCUGCAGCUUGACCUGUGAUCUUGGAUUGCACCUUUGAGCAGGCAUCCACUCUCCACUUACAGAAAGUUGGGAGAACGUGAAUUUGGAGUGAUCUGGGGACAAGUGGCAGCUGGCCCAGGUCUCUCCUUACCCGAGCUCAUCCUGCACAGCCUCCCCUGUUCUUCCCAUCCCAACACCCCAUCUGCUUGAUCGGUUUUUCUUUCCCGGGUUCCCCUGCCCACUUGGGGCCAGCUCUGUUUUCUCCUUCCUUAUCCCAUUCUCCCUCCUCUCUUGAUCCCUGUCCUUGACAUUGUUAUCUCCUGCUUUCAAGCCUUCUCCCUAUCAUUCCCAUCUUUCUCUUCUUAAACUUUCACCUCGAUACUUCAUUCACACCUUCCCUCCAUUUCUCCCACCCCCAGCAAACCUUGACCAUGGAUUUGGAGCCUUCCUGGACUGCCAUACCCAACCCUGGGGGCACCCUUUCUGCCCCCAAUGCCACAACACCCUGGCUGGGCCGGGAUGAGGAGCUGGCCAAGGUGGAGAUUGGCAUCCUGGCUACCGUCCUGGUGCUGGCCACAGGGGGCAACCUGGCUGUGCUGCUGACCCUGGGCCAGCCAGGCCGCAAGCGCUCCCGCAUGCACCUGUUUGUGCUGCACCUGGCCCUGACUGACCUGGGUGUGGCACUCUUCCAGGUGCUGCCCCAGCUGCUCUGGGACAUCACCUACCGCUUCCAGGGUCCUGACCUCCUCUGCCGGGCUGUCAAGUACCUGCAGGUGCUCAGCAUGUUUGCCUCCACCUACAUGCUGCUGGCCAUGACAGUGGACCGAUACCUGGCCGUCUGUCAUCCUCUGCGCAGCCUCCAGCAGCCCAGCCAGUCCACUUACCCUCUCAUCGCGGCUCCCUGGCUGCUGGCUGCCAUCCUUAGCCUCCCCCAAGUCUUCAUUUUCUCUUUGCGGGAGGUGAUCCAGGGCACAGGGGUGCUGGACUGCUGGGCUGAUUUCCGCUUCUCCUGGGGGCCACGGGCCUACAUCACCUGGACUACUCUGGCCAUCUUUGUCCUGCCUGUGGCCAUACUUACAGCCUGCUAUAGCCUCAUUUGCCAUGAGAUCUGUAAGAACCUAAAAGUCAAGACACAGGCUGGGAGGGUGGAAGCAGGGGGCUGGAGGACUUGGAACAAGCCUUCACCUUCUGCCCCAGCUGCGGCCAAGCGGGGGCUACCAUCUCGGGUCAGCAGCAUCAGCACCAUCUCUCGGGCCAAGAUCCGAACGGUGAAGAUGACCUUCAUCAUCGUGCUGGCCUACAUCGCUUGCUGGGCACCCUUCUUCAGUGUCCAGAUGUGGUCUGUGUGGGAUGAGGAUGCCCCUGAUGAAGAUUCCACCAACGUGGCCUUUACCAUCUCCAUGCUUUUGGGCAACAUCAGCAGCUGCUGCAACCCCUGGAUCUACAUGGGCUUCAAUAGUCACCUGUUACCACGCCCCCUGCGUCAUCUUGCCUGUUGUGGGGGAGGCCGGCCCCGCAUGCGCAGACAGCUCUCCAGCAGCAGUCUCUCCAGCCGCCGCACCACCCUGCUGACCCGCUCCAGCUGCCCACCCACCCUCAGCCUCAGCCUCAGUUCGAGGCCAGGGCCGGCAGAGUCACUGAAGGAUUUAGAGCAGGCAGACGGGGAAGCCACCACUGAGACCAGCAUCUUUUAGAGAAGACUUGUUGGAUGGAGCCUGCGACUGCCCCCAGGGCUAGCAGUGGAGGAUCUCUGCCCAUCUCAGGCACUGGGUGUAAGAGCUGGGAGGUCAGGGUUAGCGUUCCCUGGAACCCAAUUUGAGGCAGAGCGAAGAGGCCAGAAUAACAGCCCUUAAGAUGAAGCCUGUCCUCCUUAGCUCCCAAUCUCAUGGUGACAGUCAGGCAGAAUCAAAUGGCCUGCUUCCUGGUGGCCAUACUCACAGGGUGUCUUGGAACACACCCACAGGGUGGAGGUGGUGCCCCAGAUCUGGGGGGGGGCACUGUCUGAGGGUCCCCAGGUGGCAAGAACUCAGAAGCUGGUCUCAUGCCUUAGCUACCUGUCCCCAUUCUAACCUGACUUGCACGUCCCAGCCCAACCCCAGGGCGCAGGGAGUGAAAAACUCUAAGGACCUACUUGGAUCCUGAAUUUUCUUUUUCUUUUUUUUUUUUUGUAUAGGGCAUAUAGUUUCAUGAAGCAAGGUGAAUGUGUAUUCAGCCUUCACCUGCCAUGCCCUCUUGUUUGUGGAAGGGAGAUGCAGGAUUGGUACAGCGUCUGCUACCCAGUAGGAACUCUGCAAAUGUCAGUUCCUUUUCCCCCCAUAUCCUCCUCCAUGGGAUGGGUGGCAGGGGGAGUAUUGUGUGUCCUUAGUGGUAGAGCCUAACCUGGGUGAGUCGGGGAAGAAAGAGAGGAAAGGAUGAGAUGAAAAUGGUCACAGUGAAAUUAAGAGCAGGAAUAAACCUCAGAGGCUGCAGGGGCAGGUUUCCCUCCCUCUUCUCCCCAAGAGGUUCCUGCUACUCCUUCCUCUGGGUCUGCAUGGAGGAGAUGUCUUUAAGGAGGAGUGUGUGACCACAAUUCUGGAAUAAUCCUUGAGGUUCUGCGGAGCUUCCAGUAAAAAUUGAAUGGAUGUGGGGAUGGAGUCAGGAGCCCAGGAUUCUCAUCUCGGCUCUGCCUUGGAAAGUCACCUCCCUCUCGGGGUCUCUGCUUCCUCACCUGUUGAACAGGUGAGAUGGUCUCUAAGGUCUUUCUCAGCUCUAAGCUUCUCUGACUUUGCAAGACUGGAAGUGGUGUCAUAAGAGAUGACGCAAAGGGCAUCUAACUCCCAAGCUCUAGGAGAACUCUUGAGUUUUCACCGCAGUGACAUUUACACUCUUUUAACAGUUCUGGUGACUCUGGGUUCUGCCACGGCGAUGCUGCCCACUUUGUCUUCAGUUCUGCGAUGCUGAAUCCUUCUCCAAGGCCAGGAGAGACAGCAGGGCAGGUGGAAUCUGAGACUCUGCCCUGCUCCUCCUUAUCUCCAGGGGGAUUUACAUCACGGGGUAGUUUCCUCACCCCAGCUGUCAUUCUAAGAGACAGCCUGGAUGGUAGAAGGAGCAUCAGCUGAAAGGUCAGCAGGGAUGGGUCUUGGUUCUGCUGCCACCAAUGACCAACAUCAGUAAAAUGCUGGUAACCUUGCCACCUCAGUUAUGAGGGACAGACAGUCCUUUGGAUGUAAAUGAAGUUUGUAAAUGAGUUUGACUCAAGUUCCUUCCUCAUUUACUCUUUGCCUUCAGUAGCACCCCUUCUUACCACUAUUGUAUUUUCUGUUUGGCACUGAACAAGGGAAAUGGGCUUUUGGGGAUGGCUUUGGGACCCCCCCGCUGUUCCUCCAUGGGAAAGUUGUUUUUGAUCUUUUCCCAAAAGCAGGUUCUUUCUUAUUAAAAACCAAUGGAGAACAACCAGCCACUGGGUCUCAGGGUCCCAUUCCAGAAAGCUUUGGAGGAAAUGGUGGGUCUUGUCUGGAUCUAUGAAUGACAGCUUUUCAGGACCUGUAGGAAGCUCUCAUGGACAGACUGGAUGAGUCUUAGAUGGGACACAAAGUGGCAGGAAACAAGAAGGGGGUUCUCUGCCGUCAAUCCCAUUCCUAACCGCUAAGCCCAGGAGAAACUGAACAGCACUGUCUCUGGGUGGGACACUUGUGUCAAAUGUUGAUGCCAUUCUGUGGACUGGGAAAUACAGUACCUCAGUCCCUUAAAGCCUUCUCAGGAGCAGGAGGUGAGGGACAGGCAGGGAUGAGAGGAUGGCAGGUAGGGCACUGAUCAAUUGACUAUGGGGAUUCUUCAGAUUGGCUUUUCCCAUAGUUUGGUACCAGCCAGUAACUUCCCAGAUGACCAUGUCUAUGUUUUGUAUAUAAAUAGGCCUUUUAUCUAUCAAAGGGCUAUAAAUUCAGCCUAGGCUAUAGCAGUUCAUUCCUAGGUCUGAAACCCAGAGAAGGUUGAAAUCCACUAAUAAAACCCUUUAAUAUACAGGA